AUCAUGCCUAUGAAGCUGGGUGGCCAUCUGCCAGGAAGGCUUGGAUGGUGCUUUUCCUGCGAUGGCAGAAAGGGGGUUGGUGUCAGGAGCCAAAGAUAGCGUCAAGAAAAGUGCCACGUUCCUCUGUCUCUCGAUCAUGGAUCUUAUAGUCUCACUUUGAUGCCGAGAUGUACACGCAUACACAUGAUGUCGAAACCUUCCUUCCCGUUUUUCUCCUCAGAGCUUGUCACCUCUGCUCCAAUGCCUCUCUCUUUCUGCUCACAAACACCCUCUUGUUUUCCCUUUUGUUCUAUCAACAAUCUCUUGUGUUCUCUUUGUUCCAAAGCAAAGCAUAACUAUUCUUUCUGCGCAAUUCUGAAAGCCAUUUCUUCCCGUUCUGCUCACGUCUUCUUCCCACUCCCAUCUUUUCAGGUCAGCUUGAUCUCUUUCUACCUCUCACCCAGAUGUCUUUUCCCGGCACUCCGCAACCACUGUCUGUCUACGUUCCUUCACUCCUUUCUGCCCCUCUUUUCUCUUUUCUCUUUACAUUCCUCAGUAACCCAUUCUAAUUUGUGAAAUUCACUUUACACAUUUUUGGCCCCAACACUUGACCUUUUACUUCUUUCUUGACCAGGGAAAUGAGGAUUCGAUGGAGCCACCACUUGGGUUGAGGAAGGAAACCAGGAAUGUAUGAAGAAAUCAUCUCAAGGUGAAGAUGUUGCUGAAUUUGUGACCUGUCUUACAGACACAAAAAGAAAACAGGAAGUGUCAAGUGUCUGUGUUGCAAUUAAACACCCAUGUCAGUGUUAAUAUGAAGGAGAAAGCAUAUCAAUGCCUGGAGUGUGGAAAGAGUUUCAGUCGGAGGGAAUAUCUUCAGCAACAUGAAAGGACUCACACGGGAGAGAAACCCUAUAAAUGCGUGGAGUGUGGAAAGAGUUUCACUCGUAGUACACAUCUACGAUCACAUCAAAGGACUCACACUGGGGAGAAUCCCUAUACAUGCCUGGAGUGUGGAAAGAAUUUCAGUCACAGGGAUUCUCUUCAGCGACAUGAAAAGACUCACAUGGGAGAGAAACCCUAUAAAUGCCUCGAGUGUGGGAAGAGCUUCAUUCGGAGUGAAAGUCUAUGUACACAUCACAGGAUUCACACUGGGGAGAAGCCCUUUAAAUGUCUGGAGUGUGGACAGAACUUCACUCACAACACACAGCUACAUAGACAUCAGAGGACUCACACUGGGGAGGAACCCUUUAAAUGCCUGGAGUGUGGAAAGAAUUUAAGUACCAGGGAUUCUCUUCAGCAACAUGAAAGGACUCACGUGGGAGAGAAACCCUAUAUAUGCCUUGAGUGUGGGAAGAGCUUCACUCUGAGUGAAAGUCUACGUACACAUCAAAGGAUUCACACUGGGGAGAAACCCUAUACAUGCCUGGAGUGUGGAAAGAGCUUCACUCGCAAUGCAUAUCUACAUAGACAUCAGAGGACUCACACUGGGGUUAAACCCUAUAAAUGCCUCGAGUGUGGACAGAGCUUCACUCACAAUGCACAUGUACAUAGACAUCAGAGGACUCACACUGGGGAGAAACCCUUUAAAUGCCUGGAGUGUGGACAGAGUUUUAGUCAGAGGGAUUCUCUUCAGCGACAUGAAAGGACUCACAUGGGAGAGAAACCCUAUAAAUGCCUCAAGUGUGGGAAGAGCUUCACUCUGAGUGAAAGUCUACGUACACAUCAAAGGACUCACACGGGAGAGAAACCCUAUACAUGCCUGGAGUGUGGAAAGAGCUUCUCUCAUAGUUCAACUCUACGUUCACAUCAAAGGACACACAGUGGGGAGAAACCUUAUAAAUGCUUGGAGUGUGGACAGAGCUUCUCUCGGAGGGGACAUCUCCAUAGACAUCAGAGGACUCACACUGGGGAGAAACUCUUUAAAUGCCUGGAGUGUAGGAAGAGCUUUGCUCGCAGUGACAACCUGCGUUCACAUCAGCGGAUUCACUGGGGAGAAACCCCAUGAAAGUGUGGAGUGUUGAAAGAGCUUCUAUGAGAGUUCAGAGCUCCAUAUACAUAGAUUUUCACUGGAGACAACAGUGGCAUUCGACCUAAAUACCACUUUCCAAGCUUUUCAUGUUGGUCACACACUCUUUAGACAUGCAUCCUCUCGUGACAUGGUAGUUCAGUUUAAGAAACCACAGGUUAAACAAAUCCCAUAUAAGAUUUUCAAUAUAUAUAAUAUAAUAAUAUAUAGAGAUAGGUUUCAUGUAUUCUUUAUUGUAUAUACAUUUCUUUUGUAGUUUCCUCUAUAGCUGCUCCAUGUGGUUUUCUCAUCACAAACGGGUUUUAGUUUCUUAAUUAGAAACAUCAAUUUUAGUGGUAAUUAAUGUAACUCAAGCCACAAAUUAUGCAGAAAGAUUACAGCUGAACCUACACUUGAACUUGCCAGCACUUCACCUCUGUAGCGAUUUAGCCUUUGUGGAUAUCUUUAAAGAGAGGCCGGGUGGCUCUCCGGGUUGGCAGAAGGGGGCUGCACUCAAUGCCCUUUGGGGGUCUCUUCCAACCCCAGUGAAGUAUAGACUGCCUUGGAGUGUGGAGUCUCCUCUGGAGGUUUUUGAGCUGAGGUUGUAUGGCUGUCUGUUGGGAG